AAUCCAUUCCUCUCUGCCCUUACCGCCGCCGCGGCUGCCUUCUCUUUUCCCCCAGUCCAGCCUUCAUCCCGCGCCGGCGUCGGCUGCCGGCGGCGGUGGCUUCCUUCUCGUCGGAGUGAAGUAAAUUGCCGGCGGCUAGAGAAGUUGUUGCUAAGAAGCCUCACCGUCUGGCUGAUUUCACCUUUGGGGGGCAGCUGUCGAUGAGGAGUUGCUAUUCUUCUUCUUCUUCUUCUCUCUGUGGGAUUUCUAGAGCGGCGUGGAGGUACGCGGCGGCCGGGCCUCCGAGCCUGACCGGUGGCCACCGCCACCACAACCUGCGCUACCUUCCCCUCACGCCUCCGGCGCCGCCCAUUGCCCUUGCUGGCCUCGCUGGGCGCUUCUUCUCUUCUUCCUCCCCAUCCAAGCGCUCCACCAAGAGAUCCGCAGCAAAGAAGGCCGCCCCGAUGGACCCUUCCGGCGGUGACCCGUUCUAUGUCGUCCGCAAGGGGGACGUCAUCGGCAUCUACAAGAACCUUGCCGACUGCCAAGCUCAAGUCAGCAAUUCGGUGUGCGAUCCUCCUGUGACUGUGUACAAAGGCUAUUCUUUGCGUAAAGAAACUGAGGAGUAUCUCGCUGCGCGCGGGUUAAAGCAUGCUCUGUAUUCCAUUAAUGCAGCAGAUGCAAGAGAUGAAUUGUUUGAUGACCUGGUUCCCUGCCCUUUCCAGCAACCUGAUGGAACUACAACUUCUACUUUGAAAAGGCCACAGGAAAUGGAAACUGAACAACCAAAGAAGCAUCCCAAAGGUGCUGAACAGGAACCAUUACCUAAUAGUCAUCUGUCUUGUAUUCUUGAAUUUGAUGGUGCUUGUAAAGGAAAUCCUGGGAAGUCAGGAGCUGGUGUAGUAGUAAGGCGGCCUGAUGGCUCUGUGAUUGCUCAACUACGUGAGGGUUUGGGUAUUGCAACAAAUAACGCUGCUGAAUAUCGUGCAUUGCUCCUGGGGCUGAGAUAUGCUGCCAACAAGGGAUUCAAAUAUAUCCGUGCUCAAGGCGAUUCUAAGCUUGUCUGUAACCAGGUCCAAAAUGUCUGGCGGGCUAGGAAUGAUAACAUGGCUGACUUGUGCAAGAAAGUUAAAGAGCUGAAGGGAAGGUUUCUUGUAUUUCAAGUCAACCAUGUAUUGAGGGAAUUUAAUGCAGACGCGGAUGCUCAAGCUAACUUUGCUGUCGAACUUCCUGCCGGCGAAAUUCAAGAGCAGUCAAACUUCCCGUACUAGUGGUUUUGCUUCUUCGGAGUAGUUUGUGUAUUUCUCCAGUCUAUUUGCUCCAACCAAAGCUUAUGUAACAUUUGCUAAGUUCCCAUUGACAGAAGCAACAGUUCUCUGUAGAGCAGCUGGUGCGUGAUCUGCCGUUGACUUGCGGCUGGAGUUGAGAUAUUUGCAUAAGGAGAAAGCGCAAUCUGAGGAUAUUGUGUCUAGAGUUUCACAUAAGGAGAAAGCGCAAUCUGAGGAUUUUGUGUCUAGAGUUUUGGGUGGUCUGGGGAGCUUGAGUAGCCUGACAGACAGAAACUUGCUGAUAUUCUUUUGGUUAUGUACAAUGUCAGCACCAUUAUAUUUAAUUAUAACAAAUUAUUAAGGGGUAAAGGUAUUUUGUCUGUCUUU